CUUGGUCAUGAAGCAACUCGGUUUUGUGCUCCUGUUCUUUGCGGUCCUUGCUUGAACUAUUUGUGUACCCUAUUCCUUCGCUUUCCCACCAUCAAUCAUCCUCCUCAAACACAAGUAAGACCUUCUCUCAAUCAUUCGCUCUCUCCCCUAUUUCUCAUCCAAUCCUCUUAAAGAUGCUCGCAAGCACACCAAGAGCGGCGGCGCGGUCUACUCGCGCACUGAGAUUCCGCCAACCUGUUCCUGUCCGACCUCGACAGCCUCGCAACGCACGUUUCCAAUCCACAAACACCAGUAAUGCGUCCUCUUCAUCAUCUUCACCCGCUUCCAGUGGUGCACUUAUGGGCGGUCUUGCUGGUGGUGCUACUGCACUCCUAGUUGGAUAUACGUGGUACCACUUCUCUGGAGCGAAAUCCGUAGUCAACAGUGUUCACCAGGCCAAAUCAUAUGUCAACUCCGCCUUCAAGAAGACCACCGAGUCUGCGCCAGAGCCCAACCAGGCGGUCGAAUGGCUGAGAGACACUGUCAAGAGCUACACGAAGAUGAUUCCCGGAGCAUCGAAAUACGUUGAUUCUGCGUUCGAAGAUCUCGAGAAGAUCAGACAAAAGCACGGAGAAGAGGUGGAUCAGAUCAUUAAAGACACCUACAAUGAACUCAAGGGAGUGACGAACAAGGGCUUCAGUGUUGAAGCAGUAUCCCAGGCUUGGGAUGUCAUCCAGAAAUGCUUCUCUCGAAUCUCUAGCCUCGCUGUUGACGCCUCACAAGACAUCCUGAACAAUCACCCUCAGUUGAAAGAGAAACUGGGCGGCAAUUUCGAGCAGCUGCAGAAGAUGGGCGAACAAUAUGGACCAGAGGCGAAGGAGAAGGUAGAAGAGACAUACAACCAAGUCCGUGACAUUUUGAAAGGCGGAAUUGGCCUUGGCACGGUCAGCCAACUCCAGCAACUUUUGCAAGAGAAGGUGCAAGAUCUCAAGAAGUACGGUGACCAAGCGUGGCAGAAAGGCAUCGAGCAGGCCAAGCCGAUUUUGGAGAAGCAGCCUCAGUUGAAAGAGCUCAUUGAGAACAACAAGUCCAAGCUGUUGCAAGGCGAUCUCGGCCAACUCUGGCAGAAAUUGCAGGAGGCGGCUAAGAGUGGGAACACAGACGACGUCCAGAACUUCGUGAAGGAGCAGGUCAACAAUCUGUCUCAAAAGGCUGGCGGUGGCGGCAUUGAGCAGUACCUCCAGAUGAUUCCUGGCGGUUCUGAGAUCGCAUCAAAACUGCAGCAGUUGCAAGAGUUGAGCCAAAAGCACGGACAAGAGGCUGAGAAGCUAGCCAAGAGUGCGAUGGAGGAUAUCAAGAAGGUGCUGUCCCAGAAGGUGGAAGAGGGUAAGAAGCUCAAGGAAAAGGCCGAGGCGGAUGCGAAGAAAUGAUAGUCUGCGAUCUCCUCCUGGCCAAGCCGGUUACAUAAAGGGGGCCGACUUAAUGGACAAGCAUCGUGGUUUGUCUUCAAGCCUUUCGAUCCAGCCACUUGAGUAUCAGGGACUCGUGGCGUUGCUUCGCUGUUUUACAACGAGCACAGCUGUAUCAUAGUCGGGCAUAGUUCAGCAGCUACUGAACUACCAAAAAAGUCAUCAAAUGUUGCAUGAUCACUUGACGUCACAGUACGGAAUUUCUGCGCGGCGAGCGCGGGUACUUUUAC